AUGACUUAUCUCCUCUCACAGAAGAUGCCGACCUUCCCGACAGUGGUUAUGCGGUCCAUGAUGGUUUGGAAAUGGUCUCGGGACCACCACCAUCAUCAUGCCAACGACAGCGAGACAUGCAGCGAGCGAUCUGGAUUCUGGCAAAAGCUGAGGAACGCCAAGGAUAUGGAGAGCGGUGGAGGAAGUGCCUCAUCUCCAACAGACGAGGACAACCAGGUCUGUCUUAUGGUGGAAAGUCCCUUCAGAAUCCUCAAGGUGGCCGCUAAGGGUGAUGUAGGAGAGUUGGAGCGUCUCUACAUGGGGGACCCCGAGCGUGUGGGUGUGGUGGACAAGAGAGGCUGGACAGCCUUGCACCACGCAGCCGCACACAACCAGACACAAGCAAUACUCUUCCUCGUACAACACAAGGCAGACAUCAACGGGAGGGACAGGCAGGGACGCACACCUCUACACACAGCAGUAACCCACGAAGCUCUGGACGCCAUUGAUGUUCUCAUCAACUGCGGUGCUGACGCCACACUCAUGGAUACUGACGGAGAUGCUGCUAUCCACCUUGCAGUAAACGGCAACAAUGUAGGGUCACUGGAGCGCCUGGUAGCCCAUCAGGAAAAGGAGGACCUGUAUCAGGACACUGUAACUUCAUCGAAGGUGGACCUCUACCAAGGUGACUAUCAGGGUUGUACUCCACUACACCUCGCUGCCAAGUAUGACUACGUGGCAUGCGCUAAGUGCCUGCUGUACAACCCGGGGUUCACUCGGUGCCCCAACCAAGCGUGCAAUAACGGCUACCACCCCAUCCACAUUGCUGCCCGCAACGCCUCCAUUGGCGUUCUGGAAGUUCUCCUCAGCUACUCUGAGAGUCGUGGCUGCAUCAGGCAGAGAAUGAUAACUAUCCCAGACCUGGAGGGUAAUGUACCCCUUCACCUAGCCGUCCACGGAGGAGAGAUAAAGGCGGUGGAGAUGUGCCUGAAGAGUGGGGCGUUGAUCUCGAUGCAGCAGGACGACCGUUCUACCCCUGUACAUCUAGCGUGCUCCCAGGGCUCUUUCGACAUAGUCAAGCUUAUGUUUACACUGCAGCCGCAGGAGAAGAUGAAGGCUCUAACAACCCUGGACGCCCAAGGGAUGAGUCCGCUUCACUGCGCCGCUAUGUUUGACCACCCCCAGCUUGUGAGCUACCUGAUCAAGGAGGGAGCUGACGUCGACCAAGUGGAUCAAGAGCACAGGUCCCCACUGCUGCUGGCGGCUGCGCACGGUGGCUGGCGCUGUGUUGAUGUGCUCCUUGCGCACAGCGCCGACCCAGCCAUCAGAGACUUCACCGACAAGAACCUUCUUCAUGUUGUCAUUAUGAACGGCGGCUCUGUUAGCAACCUUUUCAAACUCAAGCACGCUCAUGACCCCUGGUGGAAGUCUCGCAUCAGCGUGAUGGUGAACGAGCAGGACUCCCUGGGCUGGUCACCCCUCCACCACGCCUCCAGAACUGGCCAGGUCAGCUCCCUCACCUCCCUCCUCCGUCUUGGAGCCUCCGUCAAGACCAAGGACAUGAGAAGUGAGAGUCCUCUACAUUUCGCUGCCAAGUACGUUGUUUCUGCCACGGUCUGA